UAGACAAUGCAAGGGCGGUGCUCACACUGAUCGAUCCCACCGGCUAGCGUAAAGUUUUGUUUUUUUUAACCAAUUCACGGCUAGUCGACAUUAAAGUAACGAGUAAAAUGAUCGCCUUCAUUCCUGAGCGUUUUGUUUCUUCAUAUUUGAAUGAACAUACUGUACUAAGAAUUAGAAAGCCUUUUAGCUACUACUGGACUAAUAAAAUACAGAAAAAAAUGGGUGACCUGGAGACAAUCAGCUGUCAUAUUAAUGACAGGAUUUCAUCCAUCCAGUGCUUAUUGGAUUUGUCAAUUGCAGAAGUACCUCAAAAUAAGAUGAAAAAACUUAAACAAGAACUUGAUGCACUUGAGAGACUUCUAAUGGAGUUUGAAAAAAAUGUUGGUCAACAGAAAGACCAGCUCCAGCAUUUGAAGGCUGUUGAAGAGUUAUUCCAAAAUAAUCUGGAGAGUCUUCAACACCUUAAAGACAACGUACCUGCUCAUAUGCCCAACAUAUGUCCCAAUAAAGAAAAUGAACCAAUAACACACAAGAGCCAAGUGCCAGAUGUGGAAUCCACCCAGCACCAAACUGUCAAAAUCAAGAGCCAUGUCAGAGAGAUAGAGUUUAUCACUCUGACAGAGUUUGAAUGUAUCCCUCGGUAUAUGAAAGGACGGCUGUCAUACGAUCAACUCAACAAAGCAGUGGAAAACAUUAAUACAGCUGUUGGAGCCAAGUAUAAAAUUUUCCACCAGCCUGUGAAAACGCUCAACAACCAUGCACGCAAGCUGUACCAGCGUUUCAAGAAUCAGGAGACUAAAGACACUAAAGGUGAAUAUUUUGUGGUGGAAGACGAUUUUCGCGAAUUCACUCAGAUGAAAGUGGACAAGCGACUGCAGGGAAUUCUGAACAUGUUGCGGCACUGCCAGCGCCUGCGAGAGCUGCGAGGAGGAGGCAUUACCCGUUACAUGUUAUUAUGAAUAAGCAACACCUAGGCUUGAGAUUUUUUCAAUUGUUGUUAUGAAUAAACAAUACUGUCUACCUGA